AUGUCGCGCAACAACAUCCAAGGCAAGAUCAACCGAGUCAUUCCCGACCUCGCCGAAAUCGUUGAUUUCUCCUACGGCGACAUGGACUUCGCAAAUGGCAAUCAAUCUUCUCAUGGCACGCCUGCUGGCUUCAAGUCAGGCAAGAACCCGGUGGACUAUGAGGCUGCUAUCGACCUGAAUGUCAUCACACGCCGCCAGAUGGUCGAGGACAUCAACGCGUACAGAUACGAUGUCAAUUUCUGCCGAGACAACCUCGAUUCGCUGCCCGACCUCACCCCGCAGGAGACUCGGACUUUGCAGAUCCGUAUUCUGGACUGCGGCCACAACAUCCGCCAUUGCCAGCACCGCAUUGAGCACAUCGACGCCCAGGUACGCGCCAGCGGGGGCUUCGUUCAAGCUGCCUCAACACCCCUCAGUGCCGUCCCCAUGGCCAUGAGGCCCGUCAAGCACUACCGCUCAGUCAGCACACCCAGCAACGACCGUCGACCCAGUGUCAGCGGCAGCGGAACAGGAGCAGCACCCCCCUCUAGCAACAAGCGGCCCAGUAUCAGCGGCAGCGGCGCGGCAGCCACCCCGUCUAGCAACAAGCGGCCGCGUUUCCAGAAGCACGACAGUGACGAAAACGAAGCAGAAGAGGGCGAUUCACGUGUGACCGACAACGGCGGUACCAUCGUGGCCGCCCCGGCCAGCAACCCAUCGAGCACGGUCCAGCGCCUGGGCUACUGGAUGUGCCACCUGUGCACCGCUCAGAAAUAUCUCGAUGCCGGCUCCAGUCGCGUGCCUAGUGAAGCUAGCAAGUGGCCGCUGAAGGACAUUUCCAAGAUGAUGAACCACUUCCUCGACAUGCACACGGAGCACACGCCCCAGGAGAGAUGCCGCGAGCUGGGAGAUGCGCUCGCGCAGAACAAAGGACCCUUCGAGUACUGGCUGACUCGUACCCGAGCUCAGGAGGUAGAGAACCCCUCUGCUGUCCUCGACGAGUACAUCGAGACCCUGCAGAACGGAUCCCUUCCCGAACCUCUCCGUGGCCUCAACCGUGCUGCCGGUGUAUUCCCUAACACCGUGUCGGGAGCGUACGGUGCUUCCAAAUAUGCCUAG